UUUUCAAGGGUUUUGAGGGAUGGGCUGCGUAUCAACCAUAACCAGCAAAAUCACUGGGCUUUUCAUGGCGGAGAAGAAGAGGCCAUGGUCCGAUCUUCCCUUCGAACUCCUCUCCCAAAUCUCCGAUCGCCUACACCUAAUCGAUUUGCUCCGCUUUCGCGCCGUCUGCAAGCAAUGGAAAGUCGCUUCUUCGACCUCCACCGCCGAGUCCGAAUCCUCUCCGGGCCGACAGCCGUGGUUUCUCAUGUACGCCGACGGUUCUCAGUGCCGUCUGAUAAGCGAAGCCGCAAAGAAUUUCACCGUCGACGUCCCGGAGCUUGACGGCGGCGCUACCUGCCUCGCCUCCAGCCACGGCUGGCUCCUGGUGCUGCAGAACCAUGGCGCGAUCUUCUUCUUCUGCCCAUUCUCCAGAGCCAGAAUCGAUCUCCCGAGACUCGACGGACCGGAGCUCUCCGACCUCGACGUGGCGGUGUUCUCCGCGCCGCCGUCGUCCCGCGACUGCGCCGUGGCGGUGGCCCGCCGCAAAAGCCCCAGUGUUUUGGGAUUGACUCUGAUCCGCCGCGGGGAGGAGAAGUGGACGGUGCUUGAGUUCUACGCGUCGCUGUCGACGACCGUGAGUUGCGGCGCGUAUCGCGGCGGAUCGUUCUAUUUCUUUGAUAGCAAGGACGGAUUGGCGAUUUUCUCCCUCGAGAGUCAGGAGCUGAAGACCUAUCGCGUGGUUCCUCCCCGCAGUCCAAACGACACGAAAAACGCCAGUACGACGGAGAAGAUUCCGUUCUCUUGCCACAGGGACCAAUUGAAUGACAAGAAGUGGGCGGCGAUCCCCGACGACGUUUCCAUCUCCACUUGCGGGACGUUUGUGAAGUCAAACGACAAUGAUUUUGUUAUCUUUAACGAGAGUCUUGGGGAGCAAUCCGAUGGUCGUCGCCUUAAAGGAGUGUGGAUCCACCCCAGAUUCUUUCAAAUCUCUAAAGAUGAGAUCAGUUGGUAAGAGGGAACUUUCUUGGCUUUUAUGGUAGAUAUGGUAAAAUUGGUACUCUAUUUUCGCUUGUUAUUCUCCUCUUUAGUAAGACAAUUUAGAAUAUAGUAAGUUGUUAGUCAACUUCUUUUG